GGAGUGGCAAGGAGUGGAAUGAGAGCUGAACAUACUGGGACCCAGACUAAGGUGGUUCCAGCAGUCAGCAUCAACAUUUGGUUGUGUUCCCCGUUUCUGCCCCUGUAGAAGUAACUAGUGUUGAUGAGGAUGAUCCUGGUGGCUCUGCUGGUGCCUCUGCUGGUUCUGUCCAGCGCUGGACAUACCUCAGGUACGAUUGUCACCAGCUGCGAGGCGUGUCACGAACAAGCCGUCUGCCGCACCUCCCCCAUGGCAGGUGACAUCACAUGCACCUGUAAGAAGGGCUUCUCCGGAGACGGCCUCCUCUGUUUACCUGGCCACACCGCCACCGCCGACCACCACGCCCCUCGUCGUGUCCGCCGCUCCUACCCCACCUCCAACACCAACCUUGCCCAUGUCCGGUUCAGCUGCGGCUCCAACGAGUGCGCCGACGGGGAGGACUGCAUCACGGUCGCCGGCAUCCAGCAGUGCUCCAACCCCUGUAAGAUCUACACAGUCCUGAACGACGCCUGGCGUUCCACCAACAACGUCGUGGGCAACAAGCACUGCGACCGCAACGUCCACUGGGACGGCUAUUACCGCAUGUUCAUCGGCAACCAGAGCGUGUCCAUGCCGGACAAGUGUGUGGAUUCCUUCAAGUGCGGCACCCAGGCUCCCUUGUGGCUGGCGUUUCCUCCCCCCCAGCAGGUGGAUGAAAUUGUCCAGAGUGCAGUCUGCGCCAGCUUCAAUGGGGACUGCUGCUGGGUGCAGUCUCAGCCCAUCCACGUCAAGGCAUGCCCUGGGAACUACUUUGUGUACAAGUUCGUCAUGCCUCCCGGAUGCUACUUCGCCUAUUGUGCAUAUGUGUCAGCUCUCACCACAACACCAAAACCAGUCACAUCUACAGAAAUACCAGUAGAGAACAAUCGCACCACAACAACAACACAGUCACAGGUUUCCACGACUACGCCAAAAGCAAUGUGUGGUACCUGCAGAGAGGGGGAGACCUGCGUGAGCACCGAUGGGGUCACUUGGCGGUGUGAGAGGCCAGAUCAGCCUGUUUUGCUGCACCCAGAGGUAGUAUGUGGGCGGAGCCUGGUACAGGUGGGUCUCAACAGGACUAACCUGGAGGCCGCUGGUCUGGACGCCACCACCGCUAACCUGGCCGACCCCCGGUGUAACGCUCACGAAGAGCGUGGCGGCAUGGUAUGGUACCAGGUGGAGCGCAAGGAGGGCGCCUGCGGAAACACUCUGGUGACAAAUGGAACGGACGCCAUCUUUUCCAACAGUUUAUUCAUCUACCACGUUCCCGACGUGUCCUUCAGCCGACCCGUGAGCGUGCCUUUCUCCUGUGCCUACCCUCUGGAAUCAGAGACCAGCCUGGAUGUGGCCAUCAAACCCUACCUGUCGCUGAAGGGUUCCAAAGUCGGUAAGGGCUCCAGAGUGGGCUCCAACAUGACUCUGUACCACAGCGACGACUUCACAAAGGCUUACCCAGUGGGCGGAGUCACCUUGUCGGUGGGUUCCGUGCUGCACGUGGGCGUGUCCGUAGAGGAGUCCGAGACGGAGCGUUUCGUGGUCGUUCUGGAGGACUGCUAUGCCACACAAUCCCCGACCCUAAAGACAUCAUGCGAUACUACAUCAUUCAGAACAAAUGUCCGACUGAAUUCCGUCAGGUGAGGGUGGAGGAGAGCGGCUCGUCUCUCAGGGCUCGCUUCUCUGCUCUGCUGUUCCUGUACCAGGGGGACUACCGGGACGUCUUCCUGCACUGCAGACUCAGCCUGUGUGACCAGAGGAGCUCCUCCUGCACUCCAGUGUGCGCCAAAAGGAAAUACCGCUCUGUCACCCCCUCUGUCCCCCUCGAACCCCUCACCAUCGGACCAAUCACCUGGUCCCAAAAUGAAGAUUGAACUGGUCAUGCUUCCUGAAUCCUAAACAAUGAAUCCAGUUAUCUAAAUGAUUAAUGUAAAGUUCAUAAACCUAUCUCACCUAUACCUCAUUUAUGUCCUAAACCAGGCCAUUUAAUAUCUUACAUACAUCCAGUUAUAAAUAAUGAUCUUUUAAGGAUAUUUUUAUAUUUUUCUUACGACUAGGAUAAUUGGGGAAAACAUUUCUAUUUGAACCAACACAAAUUCAUUGUUGAACCUUUAACUAAGGCUUGAGGCCAGAAAGUGUAUGUGCUGGUCACUAAUGUUUGAAACGUGAAAAUACAUGGACAUCUAGUUGGGAUUAUAUCAACACAAACAUCUCCCUUUUCUAGUUUAAACUGCAGCUACAAUAUAAUUUCAUCCUAUUGCUCUAAAAUGCUUUGUAUGUUCAGUAAUUUAAUAGUGUUAAUAAAAUAUAAAUGAUAAAUAUA